AUGGAGAAAUGGAAGGAUUUUGAAUUUUCAAGGGAAGAAGAAGAAGGGAUCACAGUGGAGGUGGAAGAAGCAUGUGAGGAUGAAGUGUUUCAAAGAACUUUGGCAUCUAGGCUAUGGACAGAUAACCCCUUCAAUACACGAGCUUUCACAAAUACGAUGAUAGGAGCGUGGAAGCUAAAAAAUCCAGUUGAAGUUCAGCAGCUAAGUAGAAAUCUCUUUCUGUUUCGUUUCGCUACCAAACGAGACUUAGAAGGAGUCAUAAGAAACGGGCCCUGGAGCUUUGAUAGAAAUCUUCUGGUGUUGGCUAGAGUAUCGGGUGAAGAGCAACCAUCGGAGCUGAACAUGCAUUAUGGAACGUUUUGGGUCAGAGUGUAUGAGUUGCCUCUAAUGCUCAGAUCUGAAGCUAUGGCAAAGAAACUAGGAGGCAUACUUGGAGAAUAUGUUGAAAUGGAUCAGAAGGAGGCUCAUAGGAAUGGAAGAUUUCUAAGGUUAAAAGUGAAGAUGGAUCUUAAAAAACCGUUAAAAAGAGGAACGGUGGUGCGCUUCAAGGAGAAAAAUCUAAGAGUUCAUUUCAAGUAUGAAAGACUGCCUACUUUCUGUUUUGUCUGUGGGAAAAUUGGACAUCAAAUGAAGGACUGCGAGGAGGUUGGGGAUCUCAGUGAGGAGGGUUUCGAAAAUUUGGAGGAACAAGACUUAUCUUUUGGCAUGUGGCUGCGUGCGUCUCCAUUACCCAGGGUGCAGGAUGACCAGAAAAAGAAGGAGUCUACAUCGAGUUCUUGUAGUAGGAGCUUAUUCAAUCUAUCAUCAGGUCAGAGUAGGUGCGAGGAGAAAGGGAAGGAAAAGGAAGUAGAUGAAGGGGAAGUAAAUCAGAAGAAUACAGGGCCAACUUUGAUUGAAGGCGAGAAAGAUGAGCUACCAAUUGUAAAAGUGGACCCACCAAAGAAAAAUGUGCUGGAGAUAGAAGCUAUGGCAGAGUCUUUUGGGGCAGUAGAUAUCUCAAAUGUAGGACAAGGAUCGGGGAAAGGGAUUAAGGGUGGCACGGCUAAAAAGAAAAAGUGGACCCGGAAGCAAGGUGCUAGAAAGAGUAGCCAAGAUACAGUAAAGAAGGUGGAGAUGGAGACUGGAAAGAGAACUCUGGUAGAUGUCAUGAUUAUCGAUGUCACUAUCGAUGGCCAUGGAUCUAUUGAGAAGAGGAUGAAAGGACCAGAAGAACAUCUUGCAGCUGACACAACAAAACCAGAGGUGGUGUUGGAAGCCCAACACCGCCUAGAUCAAUGA